UGAACCUCAUGCUAGCUGACAAAGCUGUUGCUAUGGAGGCAAACAGUCCAGCUCCAGAGAAUGUCAAUGGAAUGCUAAUCUGAUCUAAAUGAGAAGUUCCAGCUGCUGACCAAAGGGAGUCGUAAAAGAGGGAGUAACAAGGGGAAAUAAACAACUCGCAGUAUUCCAGACAAAUUUCCUUGCUGGAUAGUUCUUCAACUUUGCCUAAUGGAAGGGAAAUAUUUUUUGACAUUAUAAUGGAUUUUAAGUGGCAGCAUAAAGCAAACUGGCCCUGUCACAGAAUUUGUGUGUGAGAAGUAAUACAGUUUAUUACAUAUAACAUGACAACUUCUCACAUGAAUGGACACGUAACAGAGGAUUCUGAUGGUGAAGCAAAAAAUGUGGAUCUUACAUCUUCUGAGGAGUCACAAAAGCACAGAGAGAUGGCUGUUGAUUGUCCUGGGGAUUUGGGCUCCAGGAUGAUGCCAAUACGACGAAGCACACAGCUAGAGCGGAUUCGCCAGCAGCAGGAGGAUAUGAGGCGCAGACGGGAAGAUGAAGGAAAGAAACAAGAACUGGACCUUACUGCUUCAAUGAGGCUUAAGAAACUAGCGCAAAUUCCUCCCAAAACUGGAAUAGAUAAUCCUAUGUUUGACACAGAAGAAGGAGUCAUUCUGGAAAGUCCUCAUUAUACUGUGAAAAUACUAGAAGUGGAAGAACUAUUAGCUUCUCUUAAGCAUAUCCAACACAUUUUGGCAGACCCCCAGAGUCAAGAGGAUAUCACCCUCAUUUUACAACUUGUCCAAAAUACUGAUUUUCAGAAUGCAUUUAAGAUACACAAUGCUGUCACAGUGCACAUGAACAAAGCCAGCCCUCCAUAUCCUCUUAUCUCCAAUGCACAAGAGCUAGCACAAGAGGUACAGAGUGUUUUGAAACCCAGUCACCAGAAGGAUGGACAGGAGCUUAACGCUUUACUGAAUGCCCCUCACAUUCAGGCACUUUUAUUGGCUCAUGAUAAGGUUGCAGAGCAGGAAAUGCAGCCGGAGCCAGUGACGGAGGAAAAGAUUUAUGAGAAUGUUGGCCUGUAUGGAGGAGAGACGGUUAAAAUAGUUCGAAUUGAAAAAGCUCGAGAUAUUCCACUGGGUGCUACAGUACGCAAUGAAAUGGAUUCUGUUAUCAUUAGUCGAAUAGUGAAAGGGGGUGCUGCAGAGAAGAGUGGAUUGUUACAUGAAGGAGAUGAAGUUCUGCAAAUUAAUGGUAUUGAAAUUCGUGGAAAAGAUGUUAAUGAAGUUUUUGAUUUGUUGGCUGACAUGCAUGGCACUCUGACAUUUGUGCUGAUUCCCAGUCAACAGAGCAAGCCGCCUCCUGCUAAGGAGACAGUUAUACACGUGAAAGCACAUUUUGAUUAUGAUCCUUCUGAUGACCCAUACGUCCCUUGCCGAGAAUUGGGCCUGUCUUUUCAAAAGGGAGACAUACUCCAUGUGAUCAGUCAGGAAGAUCCAAACUGGUGGCAGGCCUACAGAGAUGGAGAUGAAGACAAUCAGCCUUUGGCAGGCCUUAUCCCGGGAAAGAGCUUUCAGCAGCAAAGAGAAGCAAUGAAGCAAACUAUAGAAGAAGACAAGGAGCCAGAAAAACCAGGAAAGCUCUGGUGUGCAAAGAAAAAUAAAAAGAAACGGAAAAAGGUUCUGUACAAUGCCAAUAAAAAUGAUGAUUAUGACAAUGAGGAGAUUUUGACUUAUGAAGAAAUGUCACUGUAUCACCAGCCAGCAAAUAGGAAAAGGCCUAUUGUUCUGAUUGGUCCACAGAACUGUGGCCAGAAUGAACUGCGCCAGAGAUUAAUGAAUAAUGAAGCAGAUCGUUUUGCAGCUGCAGUUCCUCAUACCACUCGGAGCAGGCGAGAGAAUGAAGUAGCUGGCCGUGAUUACCACUUUAUUUCAAGGCAGGCAUUUGAGAAUGAUAUAGCUGCAGGGAAAUUUAUUGAAUAUGGAGAAUUUGAGAAGAAUCUUUAUGGUACCAGCAUAGAUUCUGUGCGGCAAGUAAUCAACUCUGGCAAGAUAUGCCUUUUAAAUCUUCAUACCCAGUCAUUGAAGACCCUACGCAACUCUGACUUGAAGCCAUAUAUUAUCUUUAUUGCACCACCUUCACAAGAGCGGCUACGUGCAUUAUUGGCCAAAGAGGGUAAAAAUCCUAAGCCAGAAGAACUAAGAGAGAUCAUAGAGAAGACCAGAGAGAUGGAGCAGAACAAUGGACACUACUUUGACACAGCAGUUGUGAAUUCUGAUCUGGACAAGGCAUAUCAGGAGCUACUUCGACUAAUAAACAAACUUGAUACAGAACCUCAGUGGGUGCCAUCCACCUGGUUACGAUGAAAAUGAACAAUUCCAAGGGAAGAGAGAAUUUCUCUCUGGCAAUCUGUCAGAGUGAGAUUGUGCAGAUUGUAAUAUUAGGUGGCAGUGUGAGCUCUAGACCUCUAUGGUUGCACCCCUUGAUAGUGUAUUUGUGAAGAAACAUCCAAUAGGCAGCUUGUAAAUAGAAAGAUUAACUGAGUGUUUGAGUUUUCUUCUCCUCUUUGGACUGUAAGUGGAAACUGCAAACAAGCCAGUAAAGUUUCUAGACCUUAAGAUAUCCUUUCUAUAAGCUGCUUUAGACAUAAUAAAUGCACCUAUUUUCUACUUAAAAAUCACCUUACUUUAAAGAGACUUUAAAUGUGUAUAUAUUCAGUCCAUAUGGUCACAGUUAUAAAUAUUGUUAUUUAACACUUAAGUUAAUUAUCUUGUGGAACACGAUGCGAGUUUGAGCAUAUACCUUUUGGGUAGAGGAAUAAUAUAUGCAAGAAAUUACAGUUGUAUUAAUUAGGAAAAUCUUCCCUUAAAAAAAUAAAGGUGCCACUUGGGUCUGGAGCUGCCCUGUUAGGCUUGAAUUUUUUUAAAUGAAAAAUGACAUUCCAAUUUCUAAUAGCACUGUACUUUGAUAAAUGUGUAUAAUGUAAAUAUUUCACCUUCUUUGGUCUUUUUAGUCAAACUUUGUAAAUCACACUUGACUGCACAUUAAUUUUAGGUCCAAUGAAAGAUGAAAAUAUACUGAUCUUUUUAGAUGUGAUAUUUUUAUGGAAUUUUUUUCUUUAAAGCAUAUCAAUUGAUUGGAGGGUCUUUGUUCCCCACAGAUCUGUAGAGCUAUUUAGAAGGCAGAGGUUAUAUUUUUAUGAAAAAAUAAUCGUUAUAAAACAUGCUGAUUUUUUUUUUUUUUUUUUUUAAUUCUUCCUCAGUGUAAACAGUUCUCGAGUUUCUAACAAAAAGGUUACUGACUAAAUAGGAUAAUGUGAUGAACGUUGGAAGAUUGUCUUCUAUUUUUGUAUGGACAUGGUGGCUGCUUACAGAUGUGGCGGAAAAAAAUGUACUUUCAGCUAGGUGUACCGCACAGUGCAUGUCCAAAAGAGGCAUUAUGUUAGUUUGACAGGCUCACCUGUCUAUAUAGAUCAGGCACUUCAGCAGAGCUUUUUGGCACUUGAAUUGGCUUUAGAUAAAAGAACCAAAAAGUCCAACUGAAAUUCCUGAUCCAUACAGACGCUGGGGAGCUAGAUUAAACUAGUGCACUUCCUCUUCCGGUAAAGUGUUGUUGGCUUUUUUUAAGAGGGUGUGGGGGGUCCACAUCUGUCAGUGGCUGGUAUGUUUUGUUGACUGUUGGUUACUAACUGGAAUUUAAAUUUGCUGAAUGUAGCUGCUGAGUAAUGUAAACCAGUAUUUAAUUGACCAGUAAGUUACUGUUCUGCAUUUGCUCAGUAUUGCAGUAAAACUGAGUGUAAAGCACUGGCAACUGACUUAGAAGUCACAUAGAAGGGGAAUUUUAAAAAACCGCCAAAAAAAGGAAGGGGGAGAAAGAACUCGAGGAACAGAAAUGUAAUAUAAGGUCUACGUUCUACCAUAUUCUGCCAACUAAGAUCAGAAUGUUCCUACACCCUGAAAUAAUUUUCUGACCUGUGAAGAUUUAAGGGCUGCAGCUGUCACAUCUGUAGCAGUGCUGUUUUAAAUAGUGAAACUAAAGAGUAAGUAUCUUGUUUUUGCUUUUGGAUCACGUGAACAAACUUGAAUGUGAUUUUUUGUUUUCAUUUUAGGCAUAGCAUUUCCUUGUUCCCUCAGUUAAACACUGGAAUUACAUCAUUAGGUAGUUGAAUUCAACUUAACAUUGAGGAACAAA